CAGACCUGCCCGCGCACAUGAAGCCGCUGCCCCCGCCACAGGCGCCGGCGCCCCCCUCUCGGUGCCCGUGGUGAUGCCAUGCCCCGCCACCACGCGGGAGGAGAGGAGGGCGGUGCCGCCGGGCUCUGGGUGAGGAGCGGCGCGGCGGCGGCGGCGGCGGCAGCGGCGGCGGGUGGGGGGCGCCCGGGCAGCGGCAUGAAGGAUGUGGAGUCCGGCCGCGGCAGGGUGCUGCUGAACUCGGCGGCCGCCAGGGGCGACGGCCUGCUGCUGCUCGGCACCCGCGCGGCGGCGCUCGGCGGAGGCGGCGGCGGCUUGCGAGAGAGCCGCCGGGGCAAGCAGGGGGCCCGGAUGAGCCUGCUGGGGAAGCCGCUCUCCUACACCAGCAGCCAGAGCUGUCGGCGCAACGUCAAGUACCGGCGGGUGCAGAACUAUCUGUACAACGUGCUGGAGAGACCCCGCGGCUGGGCGUUCGUCUACCACGCGUUCGUUUUUCUCCUUGUGUUUGGUUGCUUGAUUUUGUCAGUGUUUUCUACCAUCCCUGAGCACACAAAACUGGCUUCAAGUUGCCUCUUAAUUCUGGAGUUCGUGAUGAUCGUUGUCUUUGGCUUGGAGUUCAUCAUUCGAAUCUGGUCUGCGGGUUGCUGCUGUCGCUAUAGAGGAUGGCAAGGAAGACUGAGGUUUGCUCGAAAGCCUUUCUGUGUUAUAGAUACCAUUGUUCUCAUCGCUUCAAUAGCAGUUGUCUCUGCAAAAACUCAGGGUAAUAUUUUCGCCACAUCAGCGCUCAGAAGUCUCCGAUUCCUACAGAUCCUGCGUAUGGUGCGCAUGGACAGAAGGGGAGGGACCUGGAAAUUACUGGGCUCCGUGGUUUAUGCUCACAGCAAGGAAUUAAUCACAGCCUGGUACAUCGGAUUUCUGGUUCUUAUUUUUUCAUCUUUCCUUGUCUAUCUGGUGGAAAAAGAUGCCAAUAAGGAGUUUUCAACAUACGCGGAUGCUCUCUGGUGGGGCACAAUUACACUGACAACCAUUGGCUAUGGAGACAAAACACCCCUAACUUGGCUGGGAAGAUUGCUCUCUGCAGGCUUCGCACUCCUUGGCAUUUCUUUCUUUGCACUUCCUGCUGGCAUUCUUGGCUCAGGUUUUGCUUUAAAAGUGCAGGAACAGCACCGCCAGAAGCAUUUUGAGAAAAGAAGGAACCCAGCUGCCAACCUCAUCCAGUGCGUCUGGCGUAGUUAUGCGGCUGAUGAGAAAUCUGUUUCCAUUGCAACCUGGAAGCCACAUCUGAAGGCCUUGCACACCUGCAGCCCUACCAAUCAGAAGCUGAGCUUUAAGGAGCGAGUGCGCAUGGCUAGCCCAAGAGGCCAGAGCAUUAAGAGCAGACAAGCAUCAGUAGGUGACAGGAGAUCCCCAAGCACGGACAUCACUGCCGAGGGCAGCCCCACCAAAGUCCAGAAGAGCUGGAGCUUCAACGACCGAACCCGCUUCAGGCCCUCGCUACGCCUCAAGAGUUCCCAGCCAAAGCCAGUGAUAGACGCCGACACAGCCCUUGGCAUUGACGAUGUAUAUGAUGAGAAAGGAUGCCAGUGUGAUGUGUCAGUGGAGGACCUCACCCCACCACUUAAAACUGUCAUCCGAGCAAUCAGAAUUAUGAAGUUUCAUGUUGCAAAGCGGAAGUUUAAGGAAACAUUGCGCCCAUAUGAUGUAAAAGAUGUCAUUGAACAAUACUCCGCUGGUCAUCUGGACAUGCUGUGUAGAAUUAAGAGCCUUCAAACACGCGUUGAUCAAAUUCUUGGAAAAGGACAAAUCACAUCAGACAAGAAGAGCCGAGAGAAACUAGCAGCAGAGCACGAGACGGCGGCUGACCCCAGCAUGCUCGGCCGGGUGGUGAAGGUUGAGAAGCAGGUUCAGUCCAUCGAAUCCAAGCUGGACUGCCUGCUGGAUAUCUACCAGCAGGUCCUCCGGAAGGGCUCCGCCUCGGCCCUCACGCUGGCGUCCUUCCAGAUCCCACCGUUUGAAUGUGAACAGACCUCUGACUAUCAAAGUCCUGUGGAUAGCAAAGACCUGUCGAGCUCCGCGCAAAACAGUGGCUGCUUAACAAGGUCGGCCAGUGCCAACAUCUCAAGAGGCCUGCAGUUCAUCCUAACGCCAAAUGAGUUCAGUGCUCAGACUUUCUAUGCGCUCAGUCCUACUAUGCACAGCCAAGCUACACAGGUGCCAAUGAGUCAAAACGAAGGCUCCUCCGUGGUGGCCACCAAUAACAUUGCAAACCAAAUAAGCGCCGCCCCCAAGCCAGCAGCCCCAACAACUUUACAGAUCCCACCUCCUCUCACAGCCAUCAAGCACCUGUCCAGGCCGGAACCUCUGCUCUCCAACCCCACUGGCUUACAAGAGAGUAUUUCUGAUGUCACCACCUGCCUUGUUGCCUCCAAGGAGAACGUUCCAUUUGCACAGUCAAACCUGACCAAGGACCGGUCCCUGAGGAAAAGUUUCGACAUGGGAGGGGAAACUCUCUUGUCUGUCCGCCCCAUGGUGCCCAAGGACUUGGGCAAAUCUCUGUCUGUACAAAACCUGAUCAGGUCGACAGAAGAACUGAACUUACAGUUUUCAGGCAGUGAGUCAAGUGGCUCUCGAGGCAGCCAAGAUUUUUAUCCCAAGUGGAGAGAAUCCAAAUUGUUUAUAACUGAUGAGGAGGUCGGUGCCGAGGAGACGGAAACAGAUACUUUUGACGGCACCCCACCGCCUGCCGGGGAAGCGGCUUUCUCAUCAGACUCUCUAAGGACUGGAAGGUCACGGUCAUCUCAGAACAUUUGUAAGACAGGAGACAGUACAGACGCCCUCAGUUUGCCUCACGUCAAACUGAACUAAGUUCUUUGUUUCCUUUCUAAGCAUAGCUGUUCUUUUAGCCAUACAUAUCACUGCAUGAACUACUCUGGAAGCCGUCUAAAGAGUUGAAAUUGCGCAAGAAUCAGGAAGAACGCGAAAGGCCAUUUAUAAGCCCGUUAUCUUUUAAUUGCAUGAAAAUGCAUGUUUAGGGGUGGCAGAAAUUCCAAGGUACAUCGACAUUAACCCGUGCAUUUAAUAACGUACCUUGAGUCUAAAAUCCCGAGCCAAUAGUCGCUGCUGAUGCUAUGGGGUGUGUGAAGAUGUCGGGAUAUUAGUUCAAUUGCAAGAGUUGAUGCUGUAUUUUGAAAUUGUGAGAGUAAACACCUUCAAAUUUCAGGCAUUUCUGCUUUAUGACUAGAUACAAAGUACAUUUUCAAAAUUAGGCCAUCAUGUAUGUUUAGACACAAUGGCUAUCAACAGCUGCUAAUAACACAAGUAAAGCAGAAUUUGGAAUAUAACCGAAAUGGCUGCUUAUUUCAAGAUACCUUUGCCAACCCAUUCUCCGAAGUCAUUUCAUCGAUGUAAUUGGAAUGUCAAUCUGUGUGCUUCUGGUGACUUAGCGCUGUGGCAAGCAAUUUUGCACAUUGUUUUCAUGUUGUCCUUUAAUGCUGAGAAUGUUUUCCAAUUAGAAAAUGGCCAGAUAAUAUUAUUGAGGGCCAGUGGGGGAGGAGACUCCCUCUUCCUACAGCAUCUUCCUCUUCAUGACAAUACAGUCUCUAAUGGAGGAGUCAACUCUGUAAAUGAAAUACUGGUGGAUUUAACAGCCUGUGCAACUGGGCUGGUCUCUCUAUGAGGAUAUGACCACAGGUUUGCCCAUCCUGUCCCCUCAAAUGGCCAGGGUGGCUAGCAACUCCCAUUUAGUGGACAUAGAAGUAUAGGGCCUGGGGGAGGGGCUACCUACUUGAGGUUGGGGGAAAACAACUUGGAAAGACUCCACAGUUACCACAAGUGGGUGACAUUAAAAGAAGUUCCUCCCCCUCUCCCCCAUGGGCAAGGAGGACAGGAGCCCAAACGAAAUAACUAGAUUUUCUUAGAAAAAUAAAUAUUGUUAGGAAAUCCAACUACCUAAACAUCCCUUAUUCUUGUAUAACAGAGACUUUUGCAAUCUAUUUAUUUUUAAUAUGCCCUGAGUGUCUUUUGCUAUUAUGUAGCGCAUUUUGCAUAUGAGAGGCUAAAAUGAAACUUCCUUUACUUUUAUACUAUAGUGAACAUUUUUCUAAUUCUUCCCAAUGAUAUUAUCCCAAAUGUGAAACUACCGGCUCAGUUUCCAGGUUAUGAACAUUUAUAACUGCGAACCAGAUAGCACUGGAUAGGUCUGCAGAUCAAAACUCCUUACUCAUAUAUUAUGAUAGAAAAGAAACAAAUAGAAAACUAUUUAUUAAAAAUGUAUUUCCCAAAAGGCAAGCAACAGUGGCUGCAUUUUAGAAUUCAGCCCCACACCUGUAAUCAUGGAGAUGGGGAGCCUGAGACAGAGGAUCAUGAGUUCAAGGCCAGCCUGGCUCAGACAGCAAGAAUGUGGGGGUUGGGGGGAGCGCUAAGGAAAGAUCUAUAACUGACAAGUUAUCUAAGUUUUAACUAAAAGUUCCUGAAAGAACUUUUUUUUUUUUUCUGUUUUUACUGGGGGAUUUGGAGGGGGGAAACUUUUCAACCUUUUUAGCAUCCAAGUCAAAUGAGCAGAAUCUAGGGAUGUUAAGCGGUUGAUGGAAGGAAGAAAGCCUCUGAAUGCACCAGCCUCUCACCCAGCAAAAUGUCCCUGAACAAUCGCCUUUUCUUUUCUUUCCUCCUAACUGGUGACUCCACACCACCAUUUUGCUUUAGAACUUCACCAGGCUUUAGCCAAGCCUCCACCGUCAAGCAAACCAAUUCUCUCUUCCUCCGAUGUGCUCUCCAACCUUUAAGUAAUGUCACUUAAAGUCUUCCCCUCUCUCUCACCCCUCAAGGAUGCAUGCAGGGUGUGAUCGAGCACACCUCUAAUCCCCAGGACUUGAGAGGCAAACUCCUGGAUUCAAAGCCAGUCGGGUCUAUAAGGUGUGUUCCAGGCCAGCCAGGAUGACAGAGAGACCCUGUCUCAAAAGUAAUUAAAUAAAUAAAGCAUAAAAGGAGACAAACAAAAACCUUCUUGGACUCUUAAUACAGUCUCUUAGAGUGUAGCAUUCAGGAUCUUCUGGCCUAUGAGAACACCUAUAAAGUCUGAAUUCUACACUUCAUUGAAAUGUUUCUCAAGCCUUUAAAGCUAUUCUUUCCAUUUCACAAACAGAAUGCUACUCAAUUAUUAAUAUUAUUUUUUAAUUUACCUAUGUCUCCAACCAACCUCAAUGAGGUACCCUCCAAAGGACAUCACACACACACACACACACACACACACACACACAUCCCAUUCCAUUAAACAAAAGCCAGAGAUACCUGCCCAGCACUGAAAAAGGCUCACUCCAAAUAUGGCUGAGGAAGAGGAGGGAGCUGACAGGUUCCAGACAGCACUGAUACUGUCUCAGGUUGAACCCCACUGGCAGCAAGAAUUGUGAAUGUAUCAGGGACCCCUUCUUAGGCAUCCUCAGGCCUCAAACACAGUACAGUUCAUCUAACAUAGCCGAAGGCUGAAGAGUCAGAGAAAAAGCCUAAACGUGUCCCUGCGGUCUUAAGCAUAGCAAAAAUGUGAAAGAAAAAAAAAAAGGCAUUGAGAAUAAUGUCUGGACAUUGAAGCCAUGAUGACCACUUUGUGUCUGUUUUAUUCUAGCACAAAAACUCCUGGAUGUUGGUAGGUUUUGGAUGUGUACAUUUUAGAGGUAUGUCUAUUACAUCAUGCUCUAGGGGAAUGGAGGAGAGGGUCUCCCAUUUACUCUUAGCAGAGGCCCAUUGCUCCACCCCAAAGAGUGGAGGGGGUGGGGGGAGGGGAGCACAGUUUAGCUGAGCACAGGGAGUAACCCUGUACUUUCUCAGCUCAAACCUAUCUGCCCUCUGCCAACCACAGGGCUGGUGGAGGUCAUGUAGAACAGCGAUCAUCCCAUGCAGGAAGUUACCUAGACCAUUUUUGCCAUGUCUAAUCUAAAUGUUCGCAUUUUGUUGAACCAAAUUGAUAUCUGUAGAUGACAAGUUCAUUUCAUUUAACAGCUUUAUUGGGUUUUCUAAGUACUUAACUCGGGUUCUUAGGUGCCUUUCUGACCUGCCAUUGGCUCAGCCUUUUGUUUUGUUUUUUUUGUUUUGUUUUGUUUUUUUCUGGAAGGUUCUUAAUAUGAAAAUCAAAUAAGCCUAAUAGAGGAGUUGAAGCACAUACUAGCUAAAUAUCAUCCCAUUUCCAGAGCAAAACUAUAAAGAAUGAUGAAACCCAGGCAAACAGAUCAUCCAGUCAGAUCAAGGAAAUAUCACAGAUGCUAAUUCCCCAGAACCCGUGUUUGCUUCUUUUUUUUUUUUUCUUUUUUUGCCUUAAAUGACAUGGUUGCAUUUUUGUAAGGAAAAUUUAAUUUAAUAUAAUUAUGUGCAUUUAACUGAGCAGUUCCAAAAGUCAUGUACAAAAACAAUGCAAUUGUCUGUUUCCUGAAAAACAAGUAAAUCAGGAAUAUCCUACCCAUUUCAAGCUAUCGUUAAAAUGUAAUUUCCUUUGCUCUUUUACCAAGAUGAUUUGUUUUAAACUAAAACAUUAAAAAGAUGUCUAUAAA